UGUAUAGUUUGAACCCGAUCCGAUCCGAAAUCCGAAUUUAUUAAGGGAAGUAUAAAUACUAAUUUUAUUGUUAGGGUUAGCCGGUUAGGUCUUAUUUCAUUCUGCUGCUCCAUCACUUCACGCCUCACACCCAGAGAGGCAGAGACUGCUGGCUGCUGCUCACUUCACGCCUCAAGGCUCAAGCUGCUCCUGCUCGUCGCUUCCUCUAUCUCUUCUUUGUGUUCCGGCGACCGGCGACCGCACUGGUAAGACACUAAGACUCACUCCUUCUCUCUCGUUCUCUCUCUUUCUCCCCCUUCCUUAGAGAAGGAUGACUUAUUUUCUUAUCUGUGUGUCUACCUUUUUGGGCUUGUUCAUGUUUAUUUGCUUUACAUUUUACAGUAUGAAGGAGUAUGAAGAGAAGGCAGUGUCACUGGCACUGAAUCGCCCCAAGCUCCAAGAUCUCACCAAUAGACUCAAGGCUGUUCGUCUGAGUUGCCCUCUGUUUGAUACAGGACGCUGGGUACGGAAUCUGGAGCGAUCUUAUUUUAAGAUGUGGAAUCUCUAUUGCUCUGGCCAACAUCCUCAGCCGUUCAAAGUGACAGAGAACAACAUGGAAUUUCCUUAUGACUGCUAGAUGUAAAAACAAUAGU